UGUGUGUGUGUGUGUGUGUGUGUGUAGGAGAUCCAGCACGAGAUCAGCUGCAGGAUGUCCAUCAGUGAUUACCUGAUCAAACCCAUUCAGAGAAUCACCAAAUACCAGCUUCUGCUCAAGGAUUUCCUCAAGUACACGUCGAAAGCAGGACUGGACUGCGAGGAGAUCGAGAAAGCGGUGGAUCUGAUGUCGUUGGUCCCGAAGCGCUGCAACGACAUGAUGAACCUGGGGAGGCUGCAAGGAUACGAGGGGAAGCUGACGUCCCAGGGCAAGCUGCUGCAGCAGGAGACCUUCUGUGUUUCGGAGCAGGACGAGAGGGUUUUAUCUCGCAGUAAAGAGCGCCGCGUUUUCCUGUUCGAGCAGAUCAUCAUCUUCAGCGAGCUGCUGCGCAAAGGGUCCAACAACCCGGGGUACCAGUUCAAGAACAGCAUCAAGGUGAGUUACCUGGCCAUGCAGGACGUCGUGGACGGAGAACCCUGUAAGCUGGUUCUGUGGUCCAGAGGUUCUCCGGAGAGGUUCACCCUGCAGGCGUCCUGCGACUCCAUCAAGAACACCUGGACGGAGACCAUCGGCACGCUGCUGGACGCGCAGAACAACUUCCUGUCAGCGCUCCAGUCUCCCAUCGAGUACCAGAGGAAAGAGGGCGGGAUCUCAGUGACUCGCCCUCUGUCGUCAGGGCGACCGCCAUCAGCCCCGCCCACUCCCAACGGACACGCCCCCCCAACCGACAACGAGCAGGACGACCAGGAGCUGGUUCUGGUUCAGUCAGACUUUGUGGCCGUGCGGGAGGACGAGAUCUCGGUGUUUCGUGGAGAGAAAGUUCAGAUCCUGGCAUCGAACCAGCAGGGUCAGAGUCUCGUCUACCGGCCGGCCAACAGCGACUCCCCGGCCGCCGAGGGCUGGGUGCCACGCAGCGCCCUGAACAAACACUGACACACAACAACAACAACACACAGAGUUUACACACAGGAAGCUCUGCGGGGGGGCCGGGCCAGAGGCAUGCUGGGAGAUUAUUUUAGGGGAGAGUCUGAAGACGGGAGACGUUUCGAUUUCUUCACGAAGUUAUGAGAACAACGUGUUAGACUUUGGUGAACAAUCAGAACAUUUAGAACAUUUGUCGAGUUUUAAGAAAAGUAUAUUAGAAUUUUGACAGAGUCGUUGUUUUGUCUCCUUGCUCCACCCCGGACUAAUUCAUAAAUAUGUUCCAGCCACACCUCGGCCCAGCUUCCUCUCCAGGAUCCAAUCAGGCGCUCCCAGCCACAGGGACUGUUAGUCUCCUCCCGCCUGGUGCUUUCAAGUGAAAAAAACAAACACUCCUCGAGUUUACUGCCCGCAAAACUGUUUCCUGUUUGGCGU